UUCGUCUUCAACAUGAGAACACUCGUCGCCCUCUGCGCCCUCGUGGCCGUCGCCCUCGCGGCACCCCCUCAUCAUCAGGACUACAGCCAGGCGGUCGUCGUGAAGGAGACGCCGCUGGACAACAUCGGCAUCGACGGAUACCAGUACGGCUACGAGCUCUCCAACGGCCAGACCCAUCAGGAAUCCGCCCACCUGCAGAACCCCGGCCAGGAGAACGAGAGCCUCGUCGUCCGCGGUAGCUUCUCCUACGUCGACCCUGAGACCAACGUCAAGUACACCGUCAACUACGUCGCCGACGAGAACGGAUUCCAUCCCGAGGGUGCGCAUCUGCCGAGCGUUUAAAUUUACUAUAGCCAUCAACGAGGUACUAAAGUCGAUGUGAAAAACGGCCAACUCUGGAUAAAUUUUCGUGAUCAUCGAAGUCGCUCUCGGUGGACCCGAAGAACAAUCGAAGAGCACGGGUAUCCACGAGCGUUUCAAGUUUCAACCGUCCGAUAUGAAUGUCUACAUUAUUAUAAUGCAGUAUUAAUUUUACAAUUUACUA